AUGAUUUUGCAACAAAAUCAAAGUGAAGCAACCAUCAUAACAAUGACUUAUGAAGAAUAUAUUGCUCCUCAAGGAACACUGGUGAAACCUUACUACUGGCUGUAUUCCACUGAAAGAUGCCCAAAAUGUCCCUAUCACAUCAAAACUGGAGAAGAAGCACGAGUUUCCUACAUUGAAUUUUAUGAAACAUUUGGAUUUCCGUAUGCUCAACCACAGUCUGACAGGCAUCUGAUCUUCUAUGAACUGAAAUUAUCAUCUGGUACUAUAGUGCAAAAAGGACAAGUAACUAACUGCACUUUAUAUCAACUUCAUCCAGAAUCUAUCUUCUUUGACAUGGAUGGCUACCUGGAUGCACUGUUGUACUCAUAUGAAGACAUUGCUUACAUUACCAUUUAUUCCAACUACACCCCUUGUAAUGAAAGAGCUCACUGCUGCAUAACCAAAAUAAAUGAUUUCUUGUUUGAUUUUCCCAGCACAAGGUUGGACAUAUAUUUCUCUGCACUCUACCAUACGGAUGAUCACUUUUCCGAAUCUGGGUGGAAUAGAGAAGCUCUCCAUAACUUGGCUUCACUUUGGCCAAGAGUGACCCUCAAUCCCAUCAGCAGUGAAACAUGGCUGACAAUUCUUCACAGGUUUGUGAAUGGUGUGCCACGGCUAACUCUUUACAACACAAUUUUGCCUGAAAGAGCUUUUGCAGACCUCAGCAAUGCCCAUCAGAUAGCUGCCAUUACUGGUGUUCAUCCUUCUUACAUAGAUGUAGUACCCCAAGCAAAGCAAUAUCAAAUGCAACAUCUUAAGCCACCAGAGAUGGACGUGUAUCCUAGUUCACAAGUACCAUCUCCAGCUGUGAAUCAAAUGACAUUAAUGGCUCCAUACCAAUUAUUUCAGCCAUACAUGAAUCUUACCAACAAGCUACCAUCACCUUUGUAUGUACAGACACAUCAACAACAGGACACUAAACCAAAGAAUGUUGUGAGACAUCUCAACAUGCCUAACAUAUGCAAAGGGGAAACAUCAACAAGAUCAACACCACGUGACAUUCAAGUAACCGAAACAGUUAAAAUUUUGGAAUCUCCAAUGGGUAAAAGAACGAAAUCAAAGCAACAGAGGAAGACAGGGAAGAGAAAAAAACCUACAAGAAGGAAUUAG